CAUCAGUCUACGCAAGACCGUCAAACUGGACGUAACGUGUUUUUUCGAUUAGAAACGGAAUAGUAAUCCCGAUUAUCUACAAUGGCGGCUGGCAAAAUACCCGAUUGGGUCACCGCUGAACUUUUUGAAGAUGUGCUCAAAUCGAAUGUGGACGGGUACGCGAAAGUGCGUAAUUUCAAGCCGGAAAUUGGAUCCGCGGCAGGUGACAACUACGCCACUAUUAUGUUGCGAGUAAAGAUCGAAGUGGAGCUUCAGGAUGGCACCACCAAAGAGGUGUCGUAUAUGGUCAAGCUGCCACAUCAGCAGGAGAUCUACAAGGAAAUGAUGAAGCACACCGACAUCUUCGAAAUCGAGCGCACCAUGUACAACCAGGUGGUUCCGGAGAUGGAGGCUCUUUAUAAGGCGGCCGGAGUGGAGGUCACGUUUGGAGCCAAGAGCUACGAGCUGAAAAAUGCCCAAACCGAAUACAUAGCUCUGGAGGAUCUGUGCAUCAAGGGAUUUAAGAACGCCAAUCGCCUCGAGGGCCUCGACCAAGCGCACUCGGAGCGGGUUCUCCGGAAGUUGGCCCAGUGGCAUGCUGCAACGGCCGUAAGGGUGGCCACCAAGGGGCAGUAUCCGGAAAUCGUGCUGAGGGGAUUCUUCAAGGAGGAAAACAGGCCGAUGAUGAACGACAUGAUGGACGGCAUGGGAAAGGUGUUUCUCAAAUGCUGUGCCACCUACGAUGGUAACGAGGCGUACAUCGAACAAGUCAAAGCUAUUAAGCCCGUGGUGAUAGACGAGUUGUUCAAGAUGUGCGUAGUGGAUCCAACAGAGUUCAAUGCCCUGAACCACGGCGAUACAUGGUCCAACAACAUUAUGUUCCAGUACGAUGAGUCUGGCACAAUCAAGGAGGUCUACAUGGUCGACUUUCAGGUCUCGAAGUACGGCACUGUUGCUCAGGACCUGUUUUACUUUCUGAUUUCGUCCACAAAGCUGGAGGACAAGCUGAGCAAAUUCGAUUACUACGUUAAGGUGUACCAUGAUAACCUAGUGGAGCACCUGAAAAUCCUUAAAUAUUCCAAACCAUUGCCAAGCCUGCGAGACAUCCAUAAGUCCCUGUUCAAGUACGGAACUUUUGCAUACUCCGUGGCCACAGGUGUAAUGGCAGCCGUUCUCUUGGAUCCAACUGAAAACGCCAGUUUGGAGAACUUCGUUGGCGAUUCCGCUGAGGGUGUGGACUUCCAGAUGAAAAUGUACAAUAAUCCCCGCUAUCGGAAGCACAUACAGGUCAUCCUGCCCUGGCUGCUCAAUCGCGGUGCCCUGGACGUCAAUUAGAAUAACAAUGGUUCCAUCAUAAGGAGCUCUUUUUCCCGCUAACUAAACUUGGUGCAGCCUUAAAGUAUUGUGAAUGUAUUAAAAUGAAAAGAAUAUAUGUAAGUUCUUCAAAUAGUUAAA